GGCUCGCACGUUUAGUUAACUAAAGAAGAAUCCGCCGCAAUGAAAUACUACGCUAUCUGCGCCCUGCUGCUCGUGCCCCUCGUCUAUGGCGCUGCCGUGCCCAGGACUGAGAGUGCCGAUGUGGAUCUGGUGCCCGACAUGUCCACAGCCGAGGAUGGCAAAAUGAUCGCUCUGCUGCCCGAUAUGUCGGUGGCCAGCGAUGCCGACUCGAAUGCCCAGCCCAGCAAGCGUCACGUGCCGCCCUUCCGUUUCAUGAACGAGCAGAUGGAGCUGAACAACGCUGACAUCGACCUGAUUCCCGAUAUGUCCGUGGCUGCCGACGCUGAGGAGAACGAAGUUGCCGAGGCUCUGUCUGCUGAUGCCGAUCUGGUGCCCGAUAUGUCCGUUGCCUCCGAUGGCGAGGAUCAGGUCGCCGCUGUGGUGCCCGAUAUGUCUGCCGCUUCCGAAAGCGAGGAUCAGGUUGCCGCUGUGGUGCCCGAUAUGUCCGUGGCCUCUGAUGGCGAGGAUCAGGUUGCCGCUGUUGUGCCCGAUAUGUCUGCCGCUUCCGAAAGCGAGGACAACGUCGCCGCUUUGGUGCCCGAUAUGUCCGUGGCCAGCGAUGCUGAGUAAAGCUGAAGAUCGAGCUUCCGCUCUCUGCUCUGAAUACCAUCCAAACCCUCCCAAACUCACUCCUAUUUUUUGACUGUGUAUUGUAUAUUGUAUUUUUU